AUGCUGAUGGAGAAGUACAGGCUGUUAAUUUUUUUGCGCGGAGUCGAUGACAAUUUUUGCUGUACGGAGGAGCUGCUCGAUAUGAUGAGCCUAAAAGGCACAACGACGGGUGGAAAUCUUUUUGACGCUGUGUCAGAGGCAGUUGAAAAGAUGGGGCUUAAAUGGGACAAACUCUGUGGAGUGACAACGGAUGGAGCUCCGGCCAUGACGGGUGAGCGCAAAGGAAUGGCAUCCAUGGUGUGCGCCAAGGUAAAAGAGAGCGGAGGUGAGGCUGUGAGGAUGCACUGUAUUAUCCACCAAGAAGCACUGUGUGCCAAGACUGUCCAGCUGGGCGAUGUGAUGAACACUGUUGUGAAAACCGUCAACAUAAUUCGAGCUAGAGGACUGUACCACAGGGAAUUUCAAGCUUUCUUGUCUGACGUGGAUGCUGAAUACGGGGAUGUACUCUACCACUGUGAUGUGCGCUGGCUCAGCCGCGGCUCUUUGCUGCAGCGGUUUUAUUCGCUGAGAUCAGAAAUCGACAAGUUUUUGAAAGAGAAGGGCCGACCUCUUCAUGAACUGAGUGACCCUCUGUGGCUGGCAGACUUGGCCUUUUUAGUUGAUCUCCCUCAUCAUCUGAAUAAACUUAACAAGAGCCUACAAGGCAAAGAACAGCUGGUGUCACAUCUGUAUGCGCACAUGAAAGCCUUCUGUGUAAAGCUCCGCCUAUUUGAGACACAUCUACGAAGCUUUAAUGCUGCACACUUCCCUGCGCUGGCUGAAAUCAAGUCUGCUUUUCCAAAGGCAGACCUUUCUGCUAAAAAGGAGAAAUAUGUCUCUGUGAUUACAUCUCUCGUGACAGAAUUCAACCAGCGUUUUCAAGAUUUUUCUGUCAUUGAAAAACAAAUCAAGCUGUUCUCGACACCCUUCCUGGUGGAUGCAGAAGAAGUGGAGGAGAGUCUGCAGUUAGAACUGAUUGAAAUGCAAUGUGAUGAUUCUCUGAAGAGUCAACAUCAGCUUCUGUCCCUUCCUGACUUCUAUCGGAGUUUAAAUAAUGCCAAGUUUCCUCUGAUGAGACGCCACGCAAAAAGAAUGAUGAGUCUGUUUGGCUCAACAUACAUAUGUGAACAAACAUUUUCUCUGUUAAAUCAGAACAAAAGCAGACUGAGAUCCAGAAUGACUGAUAGCCAUCUCUGUGAAGUCCUUCGUGUCUCAACCACCAAACUUUCUCCUGACAUCCCAGCCAUCCUUCAAUCCAAAGGACAGCAUCACUGCUCCCACUGAGAGCAAUGUUCUAGACCAGUCAUUUUCAAUGUGCGAAGCGUAUGUUUCCUGUUUAAAAAUAUGUUAUUAACACACAGAUCUUAAAAACGUGUUUAAAAGAAUGUUAAAAUGUUAAAAUUAAAAUGUUUAAAAAAUAUGUUCAAGAUCAUACACACAUGUUUAAGAUGUUGACAAAAAUAAAGUUGUGUAUAACAUUUAUAUAACAUUUAUUGUUUAAAACCUUUUUUUGCCUCUAACAACAACAAUAACAGUAAUGAUAAUAAUAAUACUUAAGUCUUUCGCCGGGGGGAUGGGGGGGGUGCGGCCCGGGCCUUUGCUUAUUGAUCCGUUUUUAGCCCGCACCCAAAAAGGUUUGGACAUCCCUGAGCUACCAGGUAGGAGACAAAGAGGAGAUAUAUGGAUGCGGUGAGGGAGGACAUGCAGAUAGUUGGAGUCAGAGUAGAAGAUACAGAGAACAGGGAGAGAUGGAAAUCAAUGAUUUGCUGUGGCAACCCCUGAAAAAAAGGGACAAAGCCAAAAGAAAAAGAAGAUAUGCUUUGCUCUUGU